AUGGCUAACUCUUUCUCUCUGGGUAUUGUUAAUGCCUUGUGUCCACCCUCUCAAAUUUGGAGUGUGAUAGUGAGGGUAGUCAGGCUUUGGACUGUGUACACGUGUAAUGGAAAUGGAGUACCAAAAUCAGUGGAGAUAAUUCUUAUGGAUCAAUAUGGAGGCAAGAUUCAAUGCUCUCUAAGGAGAGAAAUGUAUGUUAAAUGGGGACAAACAUUCAUGGAAGGGAAUGUAUAUAAGAUAACUUUUGGUCGGUUGGUGCCUAAUUUGGGACCUUUUCGUGCAACUGAACAUCCCUUCAAGAUUCUUCUUAAUCAUGAUUCUAUUGUUGUCCCAUGUGAGAACACUUUGAUUCCGAUGUGGGGUCUUUCUCUAAAGAAUUCAGAACAAGUAAAUAUGGCUUGUGGACGGUCAGAUUGUUUAGUUGAUUUUAUUGGGUUGCUCACAUGUAUUGUUGAAGAAAGGACUUGUGUUAAAAAAGGGAAGAUGUCUAAGAUGAUGAUCAUAGAGCUUGCUGAUGACAAGGGGAGAGUUCAAUGUGUUUUGUUUGAAGAGCAUGCCAAAUUUGUCACGGACUAUCUGUCUAUUCAUUCUACUGAAGAAGCAAUCUUGGUUUUCCAGAUUAUGGUGACUGAUACUCAGUUUGCUGAUGAAGCUGGGUUUAAUAUGAUUGAAAAUUCUGUUGUUUCAGUGUAUGAUGAUUUUAUUAAGAAUCAUCCAAGAAAAACUGUGAAAUCAUUGAAUGAAACGAUUGAGGAUGGAGAUUUUGUUGUUCGAGCGAAGAUAGUUACACUUUUGGAAGAUGAUAGCUGGUGGUACCUAGCUUGCAAGUGCUCUCGUGCAGUUAUGAAUGAGAAUGGGCAUUAUUACUGUUCUGGCUGUUUUAGACUUGUUAAUUAUGUUGCUCCUAGGUUUAGGAUUAAGCUACAAGUCUCUGAUGGGGUAGAUUCUGCUGAUUUUGUGAUGCCCGAUUCAAUUGCUGAAAAUCUGCUAAAGAAAACAUGUAGUCAGAUGCUAAAUGAAGUUGAGGAUCCGAACUGCACUCGUGCUACCACUGUUAUGCAGGAAGGGUUGGUUGGAAGGGAUUUGCUAUUUAAGGUUGAGAAGAAUUUGGUUAAUGUGUACAACUUUGAGGAUCCAUAUACUGUGAAACGUGUUUGUGAUGAUUUUGAUCUUAUGGAAGUGUUUAUGGCAAAUACAUCUGUUGAGACUCCCAUUAUGGCAAAGUUCCCCAGUUCAUUUUCUGAGUUGAACCUUGAUGAUUAUGAGAUAGAUAUGGAGUUAUUGGGAAGCCCUCCUGAUUUAGUGGUCCCUGUGAUUGUGAAGCCAGCUAUUGAAAGGAGCACUACAGAAUAUGGUGGUUGCUCAAAAUCAUUCAAGAGAAAGCUAGAGGAUGAAUUUGUUGUGGAGGAAGAAUUUCAGAAUGUGAAGUUUAAGGAGUGCAAGUAUGGAACAGAUUAG